GGACGCUUAUACGAGAUGUGAAAAUGUGUUAAGUCAUUUUAAAAAUAGUUUAGCUAAAUCAAUUUUGUACUACUCAUUAUAAAUUGUUUGCUAAUAAGUAUAUAAAUCAUAGAUAUAUAAAAUUUAUUAACUUCAGUGAGACGGUGUGAUAACUGAUAAUUUUGUAAUAAUUUUGUGUUAGCGGAAGUCUGCGCCUGAGUUCACGUUACAUCACGUGUGUGAUUAAAUUUAGAAAAAAUCAUGAUGGAAAAAUCCGACAGAGGCAAUAGAAAAGUCCAGUAUUUGAUUGCAUUUUCUGUAUCACUAGUUUCGGUGGCAAUGGGAACCUAUACGGCUUGGCCAGGGCCUGUCAUGCCAAAGUUUCAUGAUAACGAGACCGGCAUUUUAGUCACUGAUGAAGAAAUAUCUUGGAUAGUAGCAAUAUCGUCCCCUGGUUUCGUGUCAGGGAAUCUGAUCUCUCGGUUUGUGAUUGACAAGUAUGGAAGGCGCGCCACUAUGCUCGGCAGUGUUAUUCCUAUAAUAAUAGCUUCCCUCAUCGCUGUAUUUACUGUGCAGACUUGGCCACUGUACCUAGUAAGAUUUCUAUGGGGACUCGGGGUAGGGGUUAAUGCCACAACAGCAAACCUCUACUUAGCAGAAAUAGCAGAUAAAGAAAUUCGAGGCUCAUUGGGUCUUAUAUCAAGAUAUAUGUUCAGCUUUGGGAACCUCCUGAUGAUGUGUGUGGGCCCAUUCGUUUCAUACAAAACUUUGAAUUAUAUGUUACUUGGGUUACCAAUUAUACAUUUACUAGCUUCAUUCUGGAUACCUGAAUCCCCAUACUAUUACCUGAAAGAAGGAAAAGUUGAUAAUGCUAGAAAAGUUUUGCGGAAAAUUCGGGGUUGUAAGGAUGAAAAGAUAUUAGAGGAUCAAUUAUUGCAAAUGCAUACAGAUGUCAAGAACGAUAUGAGACAUUCUACCUCUGCGAGAGAACUAUUUACCGGAAAAAAAUAUAGGAGAGCUCUAGUUAUAUCUACAGGUUUGAAAUUUAGCCAAAUAGCGGCGGGGCAACUGAUAAUACAGGAAUAUCUAGGAUUAAUAAUGAAAGAGAGUGAGUCUGAAAUGGCACUAUCAACGGUUUUCAUUAUUGUUGGUAGUUUACGAUUUAUUGUUGGUGUGUUGGCAUCAUUCCUCGUGGACAAACUCGGUCGCCGUCCACUUUUAAUAUAUUCCUACGGCGGUACUGGUAUAUUCCUUCUCUUCAUUGGAAUAUACUUCUUCUUAGUACAAGCUUUAAAUAUUUCUAUACCUUCAUUCAAUUUCGUACCUUUAGCUGGUAUCAUAAGCUCCAGUAUAAUUUCAGGUUUAGGAUUCCAGUCUCUAAUUAUUGUAGUUCCAGCAGAAAUAUUUCCUUUAAACGUAAAAGCUGUUGCAAUGACGUACAUUAGUGUAUUUGGAGGUGCUCUUAACUUUGUUAUAACCAAAGCAUAUCAGUCUAUUAAGGAUUAUUCUGGUUUAUAUGGAGUAUUUUGGGUUUUUGCGGCAGGGUCGCUUUUUGGGUGCAUAUUUUCUAUCAUUUACGUUCCUGAGACAAAAGGUAAAAGUUUAACAGAGAUACAAGUGGAGCUACAAGGUGUUUUGUAUGAGCGCAGUGAAGUCAAGAAACUUAAUGAAGUCAUAUGCCAAGAUGAUCAUGAUGGAUGUAGAGAAUUAAAGGAAUUAGUUAGUAAAAAUAGCAACCAUGUUUAAGAAAAAGAAUAAUUUUGUGAAAUCUUUGUCAUUAUCAAUGACCUUGAUAUGUUUCGAAUGAGUAAUAAAGUUGAAAUAGCGUGACUUUUCCCAAUAUAUGGGGAAUUUUUUAACGAUUUAUAAAAUGCAAAUCGGUAUAAAUUACCCUAUAUAUGCAAAUAAGUAAUUUAAAAAAACAAACAUUCCUGACAAAUUUCAUCUCUGUAAGCGUCCUUUAAAUGUUAAUGUGAGAGAUAUUUUAUAUGUUAUGUGUGCUUGUUGUAGAGUACGUCGUACCAGACGUAGACGUACCUCGAAUAUAAAUAAGAGUUACGUGUACCUAACUUGCAGGCGCACAUGUUCGCUUGAAAGUAAUAUGCCUAAAAGGCAGCAAGUAGUUAAAUAAUCGAAAUAGGGUAUUUCAUAUUGACAAUAUACAACGGAACAUUAGUAAAGGGUCGUAUAUAACUUAUACUGAAACAUUGUGAUAAUACAUUGUGUAAUAUUUUGAUCUCUAUUACUUCCUGGCACCAGAGGUACGAUUACGAAUAGAUAACAAGAACGUACU